AAAACUUGUUAUCGACAUCCAACUCUUGAUUGAAGCUAAAGAACACGGGGAGUAAUCAUUAAGUUAAUAUUCACCGUCAAAGUAGUUUAGAAAUUAAAGCUAGAGAGACAAAAGAGGAGGGAGACUUGGAAAAAAAAAUGUGUCCGCUGAGGCUGAUCCUCAUAUUCCUGUCGGCAACACUCGCCGGAUUUUUCCUCCUUAGAAACAUCAAAUCCCACCCCCAAACCAACGACGACGAUCGUACCCGCUCCAACAACAAUAACUCCCACUCUGCUUUCUCCAAGGUUUGGGCAGCUAUAGAAUCAGGAUUCUGGGCAUCUCUUGACAUGGCAAGUGGUCGUUACUUGUGGAGGCAUCUGGUUUCCUUUAACUCCAAGCCUUCCUCUUGAUUCUGCAAAAAAAAAAAACCAUUCUUUGAUGAUGCAGUGAAAUAAGGCAUGAUAAGAAAUGCGGGUUUCAAUUAUCUUGUGCCAUACUUAUGGUAGUGGAUAUUGGAUGCUACCUUUGAAAAUUACAAUAACAAAGUAGAUAGUUGUAGCUGUGAAAAUUCUACUUUGCUUCUGUGGAUUCAUGCUUAUGCAUGUUCAACUCAUUGGUUGCUGUGAGAACGAGGAUUGAAGAAGUAGAGACGUUUGGAAGUGGCAUUGUGAAUUGUGAUUCAACUUAUAUGUAUUAGCUAUGGGCAUUGUGACAAUGAGGAUCUGACUUUGGGCAGGAUUCUUGGCACAUCUAAGCAUUGUCCCUCAUGUGAGUUGCCUUCCGGUUCUGCCAAGAGCCCAAGCAGGUUCAUAGAGUGACUCUACUAAGAACCUGAGUGCUUGAAGAGGUUGACUGAAGAGGCGACGAGUUCACAAAGCGGGAGCAACUCAACAGGCGAAUCAUGUGCGUUGUGUGUGGUUGGACUCGAACAUGUGCCUUAUAGCAUAUAGGGCACUUAUGGGUGAGAAUCCUAGGCACUCAUGCUCUAAGAAUUCAUCGUCUUUUCAGACCACCUCUUCAAGCACUUAGGCUUUCGAUAGAGUUAUUCUGUGAACUUGCUUGGACUCUUAAUAGAGUCGAGAAAAAAAAUCCCCAUGGAGAGCAAUACCUGAUGUAUUUGAGGGGCUGACCCAGGGUUCAAGUCCUUAACAAAAGGGGACUGUAGAGUGAUCUAAAAGGAGGCAAGAACAUCCGUAACUUUAAAUCCUUACAAAUCUUAGUUUAUUCAGGAAAUAAAUUAGUUGUUAACAUCUUCUCAGUGCUACUAUUACUAGUAUUGACAAUGAAGGUGACAUUUUAAAAUUAAAAAAGUACUCA